GGGAGUUCUCGACGUGAUCGGCUAAACGAAAGAGAUAACAGACGUCCUUUGGCUUUAUCUUCGACAUUCACUUACCAGUUGAGCGAUUUGAAGUGAUACGGACACCUGCAACUCCAAUAUCGCUGUUCAUCACCCACAAAUGUCAAGCGGAGGACACACCAACGCAGCGGGACCGUCUCGACAACAUUCACUCACCGCCGAGUCCCGCUCGCUCACCACAGCACGUCAAAAGGAGAAGGCUCCUCAGCUGGAGGACGUAGUCUUGGAGGAAGGGCUUUUUGAACAGGAGAUUGACCUUCUUAUUGGCCAAUAUCUUGAAGCUCGGGGUGCAUCUAAAGCUGCCAGGAUAUGGGACGAACAGAUUCUGGGGAGAAGCGCCAAUGGCUCCACAAGAAAGGAGCAUAUAGAGGAUGUGGAGAGAGCCAUAUUAGAUGGCGAUUGGGGGUCGAUUGAAAACCUGGUCGCUCGACCUGGAUUGUUAAGAAUCCAAACACAGAAAGCAUUCCUGUAUCUUGUUUACCGACAGCAGUUUCUUGAACAUGUUGAGAACCGUGAAUCACAAAAGGCCUUCAAUCUGCUUCAAAAACGGCUGAAAGCCCUGGAACACUAUCAACCAGUUCCAUACGACUUUUAUUCGCUAUCCUAUCUUACAUCAGCAUCGACUGUCCAUGACGCCCCUACUUUUCGAGACUGGGCGGGUGUUGGGCCUGAACGGGAUAGACUGGUAGGAGUUUGGAAGGAAUUGAUGGACGCGGAGCGUGGUGGAGGCGUGGACGAAAGGCGAUACAUACCGCCCGAUCGGCUGAAAACGCUUCUAAAGCAAGCGGCGGCUUGGCAGGUGGGGCGAGUAGGAAAGAAAAGGGACGAUAUCGUCAAGAUACCUACGCUAUUACAAGACUAUCGACCUUUAGAACUACCCAGCAAGCUGUUGCGUUUGGUAGAGGGGCACUUGGCGAAUGUUAAAUGUGUAGAACUGAUAGGCUCAACGGCUCAACAUGUAGUCAGUGGCUCAAGUGAUUGCACUCUUCGAGUAGUCUCGACUGAAGACGGCAGUCUCAGCCAUAUCCUUUCAGGUCACUCAUCCAGGGUGUGGAGUUGCGAUUCUUCUCCGUCAGGAGAGAUGAUUGCUAGUUCGUCUGGCGAUGGUACAAUCCGGCUGUGGUCUGCGUCCAAGGGUGACUGUCUGGGAGUUUUGGUAGGCGAUGGCGGAGAUGUGUAUAAUGUCAGGUGGAGACCUAAUCGAGAAGACCAGGUGGUAUCCGCAUCUUAUGAUCGAAUUUUGCGAUCAUGGGAUAUUGAGACUGGCAAACAAUUACGUACAUUCUCGGGUCACAGCCAGAGUACAUUGGCUAUCGCGUAUGAUUCCACGGGAAACACCAUUGCGUCUGGUUCCAAAGAUAAGCAUGUUCGACUUUGGGAUGCUGUGGGUGGGGUUUGCACCAACACGAUGACGGAUUGUCUGGGCGAGAUCUCUUCGGUAGAGUUCGACAAUGAAGGAAAGUACCUCUUAGUGGGAUGCAAGGACAAUUCCAACCGGCUGUGGGAUUUAAGAAUGCAACGCAGCGUGUACCGUUACACAGGACAUCAAAAUACUUCAAAGAACCUCGUGCGUUGCAGUUUCGCCUGUUCCACGUCCCUUGUGAUCAGUGGCUCGGAAGAUGGUUCGGUCUACAUAUGGGAUCGAGAAGGCAACUCGAACGACCGUCGAUCCAACAGUCUCGUCCCCUCAACGCGCGACAACGAACUCCUCGCUCCUGAGCGCAAAGGCUCCGGAGGUGAUCUCACAGAUUUCAAUAUUCAUCCUUCAUCUCCGGCUUAUUAUCCUCCACGAGAAGGUGUCCGCAACCGGAAUAGUUUUGCAAGACGUGGCGAAAUCACAGUGCGCCCAUCAAAGGUGCUAGUGGGGCACGGGGAAGGUGCAGUGUUCGAGGUUAGAUGGAAAGAAGGCAAGAUGGUCAGUGCAGGCGAAGAUGGGUCCGUAGGCGUCUGGGGCGCAGAGACAAAUUAAGAAAAAGAUUGACUACCGUACCGACUGGCCAGUCAUCGAACUAUGAAUUAUGAGCUCAUGCUGCACCUUGGAGAUUCUUAUUCACUGAUUCAAGCACACAUACGCUACCAGUCAGGAUAUACAGAAGGCAAAGCCGUAGCGUAUAAUGUGAUAUCAAUUUUCUCUGA